AUGCACAGUCGUGCUUUUCACAGUCGGCUCCGCCCCACUUUCGUCAGAGCUGUGGUGACCGUUGGGCCACGUGGGUCUUUAGAGUGUUGGUUUGUGGGCCAGCCAAAGAUGUUUAAGAAUAAUGUUACUGACCAUAAGCUAAAUGUGGAGGCCAUAAUUAAAAACAUUAACACAAUUUCUUUGGAGUUGAAGAAGAUGAAAGAGCUCUCCCAGUUGCUGCUUUGUGACCUUACUCUACAUUUUAGUCAUCCUGUGAAGACAGAUGACCUACAGGAACCAGAAGAGAAAAUCCCCCUCUUUGAAGAGUCUAAACUAUCAGAUGUAUCCUUUGCUUCUAAGAGCUUUUCUAUCUGAUUUCUUUUGGUUUGUUGUGAAUUUGUAACUGUAUUUAUUG